CUUUAUUCUUUGAUGUGUUGUGUUGUUACAAAAAAUUGCAAAAGAAAAUAAUAAAAACUACUUCUACAAUUAUUGUAACAUAAGAAAUACAAUCUGAAAUAUUAUUUGCUCGUUAUAGCAUUAAACUUUAACUUGCAGAUGAAGUGUGAAAAUGGAUAGGUUGAAUCAGUUGCGAGGCAAAGCGGGGACUUCUCGAGAUUCCACGCUCGACACUACGUCUCCACCGAGUGAAGCUUACAUGACGGCUAACGAGAGUUCAUCAAAAUAUUUCUCUCUGUCAGAAGUGGACACCACAUUUGAUAUUUCUCCAAUAAAAGAUGUGUCUUCCACUAUCGAAACAGAGAGGACAAUAACCGAACCGGACAGACUGAUAUCGAAUUUGUCUCCAAUAGGAAAGAAAAAUGACUUCUUAGAUAGCUACAAAAUCGGUAAACAAAUAGAAGCUGCUAAUAUUUUGUCUGGUGGUGUGGAUAUAUUUGAUGAUAAUGAUAAUUCUUAUGAUGGUGAUGAACUUGUUAUUGAUGAUAAUGUUGAAGGUGAGGAGAAAAGCAUCCCAGAAAUUAAAAUCCCCGAGUCUAAAAUCAAGCAAGACAUCCCUAUUGAAGCAACUCUUGUUGAGUCUGAGCCGCUGCCCAAAAAAGAUUCAACUGAAGUGACUCUUCAAAUAGAUGGAAAGAAUGUUGAUGCUAUUGAUAUCGGCAACGGUUUAUAUUUGUAUAGAAGGGAGGGUGAAGAGGAACUUGCUGCAGUUCAGAUUGAUGGCAAUCAACAACAAUCAAAUUUUAAGUUUCUGAAAGUACGUGAAAAUGAUGAAGGAAACUUAGAAGUUUAUGAGGAAAUACAAAUUGAGGUCCCCAAAGAAGUACCUGCUCAAGAAGGAAGCUCUAGCGACGCGACUGCAUCCCAUGUACCUAUUAGAGAUAUAAAUGAUGUUACCAAUAAUAAAGUGACAGAACGAAAAAAUAAAACAGAAACUGAAACUUUGCCAACUGUGAAUAAUAUAGAUAAAGAAUCUAAUGAAGACAAUUUGAAUUUGGAAGCUAAUGGAAAAUUGAUAAAAAUUUGUGAGUCACGGAAAUCGCCAGUUGUGGGCAGUUAUACAUCCAUGACAUAUCAUUCAACACCAAAUAAAGAAGGUAUUCCACUAACUAAAACAAUGGUAGAUUUGCAGCUUCAUCCAAACAGACAUUCUGAUAAUGUUAAGAAAACCAUUGAAGUUCAUACUGAUAGUGGUAAACCUAAAGUGGAUAAAGUUAUAAAAGAAAAUGAUGAUAAAAUCUUCAAACCAGAUAAGAAACAAGGUGAUUCAGAUCAAAAGGAAGAAUUGAAAACUAAACAUGUACUUGCAGAGCAUAGUCAUAAAACUGUAGAAAAGACUAAUACUGAUGAAAAUGUAGUUGCAGAGCAAAGUUAUAAAACUGUAGAAAAGACUAAUACUGAUGAAAAUGUAAUAGCAAAUGAAAGAGUAGAAAAAGAGGAAAUUAUGUGUGAACAUGUAGAAAAGAAAGAAACGAGAAUAGAAGAGUCCUGUAAAUCCCAUGAAACUGAAAACUUAAAUAAACCUGAUGUAAGUAAGAGUACAGAAGAUGAACCUAAAAUUAUUGAUAAUCUGUCACAGUCUAUUCUUGACACUUCAAAACAUAAUGAGGAUGGGCAAACUAUUGAAACAAAAUCCACUGAUAAGUUAGAUUCAGAGGUAAUACUGAAGAAACCGAAUUUGCUACGAUCUGACAGUGAGAUUGAGGAAAGCAAAGAAAUUAAUAAAAGGCAAUGUAUGAAUGAAGAAAAAGUUUUGAGUACUGAAAUUCACCAUUCAAAAAGUGAUAUUGAUACUAUUACUUUACAAACUGAAAAUCAAAGUGGCGAAAAAGUAUCCACAAUUAAUGAAAGCGAAAAAUACAUAAAAGAUACUGCUGAAGUGUUAGUUAAAAAAACUGAUAAUGUUUCAGAAUCACAACAUAUAACUGAUUUUGCCACCAAAGAAGAGAAUAAUAAAAUCCCUAACAAAGAAAAUGUUACUAUCGGUUCUUUAGAUCUAAAAGAUAAAUGUACAUCAAAUUCUGUCAAAAUUGAAAUGGAUAAUAAAAUUCAAAAUCUCGAAAACAUAGAAAAAUCAGUGUUACCAGAUAUGCAAAUAAAGAUAAGUGUUCCUGGUAAUAGUAACAAAGAUAACACGUCAUUAACGAAUGUUCAACCAAAAAUUGAUAUUAAUAAAAGUCAGAAUUUGCUCCAAACUUCAGAUAGUAAAAAUAUUAAAUUAGAAAAGAACACAAACACAAAAAUUGACAGACCAUUAUCCACAGAAACUAAAGAAAGUCUUAUUAACAUGGAUUCAACUACGAUCAAAGAAACUGAAACUAAAAUAUUAGUAUCUAGUGAAUUAUCUCCAAAAGAACAGUCUUCCAUUUUGGAUAAUAGUAAUAAAAAAGAACUUUGUAAUAAAGAUUCUAAGUCUUUAUUGGAUAAAACAAUCAUUCUUAAUAAAGAAAUAGCAAUAGUGAAAAAGACAUUGCCUAAGGUCAGUACAAUAACAGAGCAGAAACCAGCUAGCACUAAUAAUGUAGCUGUUCCUUUUGGCAAAUGGACAGAAGCUAAUAGGCAAGCAUUUCUGAAUAGAAUAAAAGAAACGAAAGUGCCUUCAAAUAGUUCAAAUGGAAAACAAAUAAAGAAUUCCAAUGAUUUGAAUCGUAGAGAUGUUUUAAAAAAAAUUGACAGUCAUAGACAAACUCAUACUAUUGCAGCAUCAGUCAAAGUACAAGAUUUUGGAAGUAGUAAUAGAUUGCCUAUAAAGAAAGAAGCGUCAGUGUUUUCAAGUAAAUCUAUAACACAGGAUAUCAAAGCCCCUGUUAAAACUGAAAUUACUUUACUAAAAUCCAAUCCUGUUAUUGCCAAAAAGGUUGUUAAACAAGAGUCCAUACCCAAAUUACAAAACAAUUUAAUAAAAAUAACAAACGAAUCAACUACUAAAAAAGAGCUAUCUCAAAGAAAAGAAAUAAACAAUCAAGAUUUAAUUGACAAGACAAUUGAAGAUAUAAUCAAUAGAGCCAUACCUGUUAAAUCUCAACCAGAUAAUAAUCAGGAUGUUAUGAAUGAAACCUUAGAUGCUUUACAAAACAAAGACAAAUUCGAUGAAAUUGAAAAGAGAAUGAAUGAGUUACACGGUUUUGAAAGCGUUGCACCGUCUGAUGAUGCUGGCGCACAUCGUGCCGAUCAGAAAAUAUUCCUCAAAUCUGAUAAUCAAAAAUUGUCUAAUAAGCAGAGUAAAAUACCCAGCCUCCUACCUUUCGGUAACAAAAAUCAGCGAAAAGGCGUGAAAGAAAAUAUUAUAGAUAUUGACUCUGAAGAAGAAAUUAUUGAACAUGAGCCAAUAACUGGUGAUAUGGAAUUAAAUAAGAAAAUUAUUACAAAAUUACCUGUUUCUGGUAAUCAGGAAACAACUGCUCAUACUACUACGGAUACCCAGAAAGAUGCUAUUAUUACCGAGAAAGACUUUGAUAAAUUCGUUAGACGAAACUCUAUCAGUUAUGAGAACUGUAUAACUGUUAAUUUUGAUGGCAAAGAACCACAUAACGUUGUUCAGACAGUUAUACAGAAGGAAAGUGUUUUGAAAACUUAUUCGAAACGUGAAUUUUUACAUUAUGGUAACAAACCAGCAUCUCCUAUAAAGCAUGAGACAUACAAAUCAAGUACUCAUUCAAAUCAAAAUACAUCUAAAAUUAGAAUUAUACACAACGAAGAAAUAAUAAAUAAAAAUUACCAUUCUAAAGUGAAUAUGGCUUAUCAAAAUGCUAUUACUGCUAAACGUCAAUCGGAACGUCCAAUAACUAUAAUAGAAGACAAACCUGUAAAGGUUGUGUUUAUGGAUAGUGGUGCUGAAUUUAAUCCAAAACAAUUAAAUGCCUACGGUAAAGAUUUGUCGCCAGCAAAAAGUCAACCCUCUAGUAUUGAGGGUAGUACAAUAAGUACUAGCGAUUUACUUGAUUCAGACACCUUCGAUUCGAUGGAUGAUGGAAAGUCUCAAGAUGAUAUUAAAUUAAAAACGAAACAUCAAAGAAAACAAGUUUUAACACCAGUAGAAACACCUGAGUUAGAACUAAUAGAACCUGGAGAUUUAGGGCUCGAAGUUUCACCAAAAAAGAAACGGAAAACAGAAGAAAAAGCAGAGAAGAGCUCAAAAGCCUUGGUGCCGAAAAAAUCUUAUUUAUUGGGACGUGGGGCGAUUUUGGAAGAUGCUGGUUCUAAACCUUACGAACUACCGAAUAUCUUUGAAAAAGAACCAUCAAAAGUCGAUAAUAACCACGUUACACAUAAAAAUACAGCGUCAGCGAUUGAUAAUCUCGUCAAAGCUGCGGAAUUGUUAGAUACUCAAUCAGAAAAUCUGAAUACAACUACGAUUGAAAUUCAGAAUUGUGGUAAUCAGCAAAUUACACCUAUUAAAAGAGGAAGGGGUCGUCCUAGAAAAUAUCCUCUGCCUGAAGGUACUAUAGAUAAAAGUAAAACUCCCUCACCACAAAAGAAACCUAGACUUUCAGAAGUAAAAUUAACAAAAAAUAUAUAUACAGAUGAUGAUGAUGAUGGAGAUGAUGAUGAUGAAAACAGUGAUGGAGAGAUUAUAACGGAAAAUUGGACAAUGGGAAAAAUUAACGAAAACAUAGUUUGUCCUAUUUGUAAUAAACUGUUCCGUUCUGAAAACGUAGUUUUUAAGCAUGUUAAACAUUGCACUGGACCUUCUCCAAAUAGAUCUGAUUCUGGAAGUAAAAGUCCAAGAAGAUUCAGGGAAUCACAGGACCAUGAAUCAAGUAAUAGCAAAUUACAUGAAAUAGAUGAAGAUUAUAAUGAAAAUUCCCGACAACAAAUAAGAAAUAAAAGAAAGUCAAGAGAUACAAAUCCAAAAUUCAUGGCUAACAAAGAAGACGUUAUUAUAAUUACAGAUACUCCAAUAAAGAUAAAACCUGACAAAUUAGAAGGUAUGAAACACGUAAUAUCCAAGAAAUCCACCAUUAACAAAAGCAAAUCAUCUGAUAAAGUAAACAAUCUGCUUUGUCACUUUUGCGGCAAAACAUUUAGGCAACUCUCUUACUUGGUUAAUCACAAAUUGCAACAUGAAAAGGACGACUCAAAGAAAUUUGAAUCUGAUAAAACGAAGUCAGUUAAAUCAGUGUUCAGUUGCGAAGUUUGCAAGAAAGAAUUCCGAAAAUUACAUCAUUUGGUACAACAUCGUUUCAUUCACAAUACUGUUAGCGUUUCAUCUACUAAAUUACCUAGGAAAAAUUCUGCCGAGCACAAUGACAAUAGAGCCCCAAAAGACCAGAAUGUUCCUAAGCAAAAUGACGAUACCAGUGCUGGUUUUCGUUGUGAGCCUUGCGAUAAAUCAUUUAGAAAAUUACAUCAUUUAGUAGAACACAGAGAAACGCAUGAUGGCAUAAAUAGACAGAAGAACACGACGAAUGUACUAGCAUCGACAGACAAAGUUCCACCGCCCCCACAAUGUGAAAUAUGCAAGAAAACCUUCAGGAAAAUACAUCACUUGAUUGAACAUAAGGAACAACACUUAGAAACGAGUUCAGAAAAAUCUGAUGACAGAAAAAGUUCUCUGUCGACUAAAGACAUUAUUCAUGAAUGCCCACUUUGUUAUAUGGUCUUCCCUAAUGAGCAUUCAUUAAAUAAACAUACAAUUAUUUGCCAAAGGAAAAAACGUCAGUCUGCAUCUAAACAAAAUAAGCAGACACAAGAAUUAGAAAAUAUUGACGAAAAUAAAUUAAUCACUAAUCCUAAUGAAGAAUUGAAGAAAAAUAAUGAUGUUAUAAUUGUAUCAGCUGAAGUCAUAACCAGUAAGAAAGAUAUUCAAAGUGAUUCACUGGAAGAAACCUUGGAAAACAACAUAGAUGAAACCGAUGUUGUAAAUUCUGCAAUAACUAAUGCAGUCGGUGUAUCUACUGAAUCACCAAAACCUAACAUCACAAUUGAUAAACCCAAGGAUCACGCUAUUGAAGUAUCUAAUAUACCUGAACAAGAAGUUAUUAAAAUUAUAUCAGAUAAUCCAAAUAAUACUAAUAAACAGCAUGCAAGUAAUAACAAACCAGAGAUAAAAGAAUCAGUCAAAAAAGUUUUUUCUAAAGAGAAAAUUGCUCCAACCAUUACAAAACGACACAAACCGAAUCUCCCAUUAACGAUUGUUGAAACUACAGAAACAACUGACGAGGAUGAUGAUGAUGAUGGUGUAAGAUACAUGCUGAACCCUGAUUACAAAAUGGAUGAUAAUGUUGAAGGGAAAUUAUUCAUGAAGGUUAGAGCUAAAAAACGUAAUUCGUUGCAAAUCGAACGGCCUAACUCGAAAGAUUUAGUUAAAAGACGAAUAUCCCUUCAACACCCCCCUAAAUUACCUCGUUUGAAACCCAAAUCGAUUCAAAGUAAAACUGUGUCUACUAAUUCAUUAACUAAAAAUAUUACCAAAAUUGCUAAGUUAGAUACAAUUCAUUUCACGGAUUCGGACGAUAGCGACGUUAAAUAUUCAUUUCCAAAAACUGUUCCUGAUAAAGUUGCAAAGUCAAAUGUCGAAGAAUCUAAAGAACCAAAAAAGAAAAUGCAAAGAAAAUCAUUAGCAGAAAAAAGAAAGUCACUUAAUAGCAUAGCUAAAAGGAAAUCACUUGGAAAAGCUGUAGGAGCGAAGCACAAAUCUAAACCUUCUCCAUUGAAGCCAAUUAAAAAACGUAGCGUACAGGUGGAACAUAGAUGCGACUGCGGUCAGCUGUUCAGUAGCGCGGCGUUGUUAUCGCGACACACAACGCUCGCGCACACGCCGCCACGGAUACGGCGACGGCGCCGAUCACCCUCACCUGAUAACACAACCAUUCCCAAACAAUUGGGCCAGUGCAAAUCCACCACCGCCAUCCCCAAAUCAGAGGUGAGCGCUUCCAGAAAGUCCAGCGUCAAGAUUGACUCUACCAAUUCUAAUGCCUCCCGGCAAACGGCGAGCAGGAAGUCGAGCGGUCAAAAAGCGGAAUACAAAACACCAAAUGCUAGAAAAUCUCUAAAAACUAAAGAGUCUCCAAAAGGCGGUGUGACUAUAAACUCGAAAUUAAGGAGGGCGCACAAGGGUGUACCUGUCCCAGAUAAAAUGAAAAAGCUCAUGGAGAAGUUUAAAAGUAAUUCCCCACUUUAAGACCGGACUGAGACGUUUCCUUAUCGAUCGGAAACUAUAGGCUAGUGUAGGUUAGGUGAAUCGCUAGUUGUAAUUAUUCUCUAGAUACAAAUCACGCAUCACGACGCUCUCGAUGACGUAACAGACGGACCAUUAUAUCAUAGAAAUAUUUUUACAUGUUGACGAUUAAGACACGCACCGACCUACAUUAAAAUAUAAUAAUAUUUUUAUUGUGUGCCGAAAAGCGUUGAUAUUGUCUAUAUGUAAAUUAGAGAACUUAUUAAUAAUAAUAAAUAUAUUUUGUCAAUUUGUUGUAGAAUCUAAAUAAUUAACAUUUGUAAGUUCGAUGAAAUAUUUAUGUUUUGCUAUUAGUUUUAAGUAUAUGAUUCUCUUUGGCAUUACAAUUAUUUGCACAGUGCAAUUAUUUUAGCAAGCAAUUGUUUUUAUAUUACCACUGAAGAAGAUUUGUACCUCUUUUAAAUAAUAAUUUUAACAUGCUUUAUAUCAAUUCUCUCAAAUAUAUAUAGUAUAUUGUACUCUUUGAAUAAUAAUGUAAUAUAGUUAUGAAAAAUGAGCUUAACAAGUCGACACUUUGGAGUUAUGUUAAAGGAAUUGUAUAAUAUUGUGUAUGAAUAGUUGAUUUUAUUACGAGCUUUUCAGAAGUUGGGAUUACUAGAUAAUGCUUCAUUAUAUGUUUUCAUCACUAUAGGAGGGUUUGGGAGAAUAUAUAAAGUUUAUUAGUUUCUCUAAUGAUCAUUAUGAACUUAUAUCAUUAAAAAUGUUUGUGUGAUGAAUUAAAUCACUAAUAUUGAUCAAUUUCAGGCAGGAGACCAAAAAAUGAUAUUUUGUAAUUAUCAAUAUACCUAUUGAUUGAAUAUCGCUGUAGUUUAGAUGGAUGUAAUAAAAUAUCUCGGUUAUAGUGUAUUUGUUGAUGACUUGUUCAUGUUUAUACUAGGGACACAUGGGUUAUCAGAGAGUGUUGCUACCAAUUUUAACUAUAUAAUAAAGGCAAGGCAAGAUCUUCAACUUGAUUUACCAUUUUUCAGAUUAUAAUUAUUUAGAAGAACUUAAAAAUUCGGAUUGUAUACAAAUAAUUCAUAUCCAGAACAUGAAAUCCACAAUAUUUAUUUAUACUAUAAAAAAGUUCUUUGCAUCUUAAGGUGAAUGCGCCAGUCUCAAAUAAGACUGUAGUUCGAAGAGCAAAUAAUCAAAGACAAUGAGCAAAAAUCUGAUAAUAUUAAAUGAUAUUCUUUAAAAUAAAAAAUAAAAUAUUUUUUCCUUUUUUGAAUAUGUAUGAUUAGUACUGGCCAACAACGGAAACUGAUAUAAAUACGUGUUUAUGUUUUUAAAAAUAAAUACACGCAAUAAGUCAUUAAAGUGCUUAAUAAUGACAAAUUAUGGAUCAAUUUUACAAAAGAUUAAUAAAUGUCAAUUUAUCAAUAUUCACUUCACUGAAUGAAGGUUAGUGGAAGUACAAUUUUGUCUGUUAAAUAUUGGAUUUUUUUAAGUCGCAAAUAGUCAAUUGGGUAAUGGUCACCAUAGGCACUACCACCCUAUUUUAUAGGAGUAGUAUGGUUAAAAUAGUAGGCGAUACUCUCCAUUUUUAUAGUGAACUAGGACCAAAAUAUUUAUCAAAUUCUCUGUUUGUAAUAAUAUAUUACGUUGUUUUUAAUUUUAAAUAUGUUUAUGUACUCUCGUGACUAACUGUAUGUAAUGAAUGGCUAAAAUAGUAGAAUGUCUCGUGAGGAUUUAUGUUUUAGAAGCAUUUAACAUGUGUGACACGUUCUGGCAGGGUUAUCAUUUCGGAUUUUUUGUGUUGACGGUAAAAUUACUACUCGAAUAGUAAUUUUUCGUUAAAUCUUAGAAUAAGUCUGUAAUUUUUGUUUUCAUUACGGUUAAACAGCCUUUAUUUGUCAACUAAAGUAUUCUGAAAUCUUCAAUGAAGCGUAAUUGGAACUAGACUAGUAUUUAGUCUGUUGGCAAAUAAUUUUGUAACGUGUAGGAAGCU